AUGGCUUCAGAAGGCAGUGGUGGUGGAAAGCCGUUCUGGAGUGACUAUGAGGUCACGGUGGAUCGAGACGGCAUUCCCCACUACACCGGAGCAUCACCAGCUCUGAUGAAGGAGUACACCAGGCGAGUGAAGUUCGCUUUCCAUGGCUUGGAGGGCGAAGGAAAAGACGAAGAAGCUGAAGCAGCCGACCUUUUGAAGAAGCAGAUGAGGUUCGGCCGCCGCCUGAUAGAUGCUCUUCAUGGAGAAGCAUGGCGUGCUGUGGAGCACCUGGUGGUGCAACCGGAGAAGUUGAAGAAGAAGGACGGCUAUGAGGAGGUCCUCAACGCUUUGGGAUCAAUUGAGAAAGAAGGCGUGAUCCGCAAGACAGAGGCCUUCGACAAGUUCUUCGAAUCAACUCGCCGAGCUCGCGGUGAAGCAAUUGAUGCCUACUUGCGCCGCAAGAACCAGGCCUGGAGGGAUCUAUGUGACUUGGAUGAGACGUCAGCGAUGUCAAAAGACCUGCUGUCCUACUUCGUGCUCAAGGGCUGCAACCUGAGCCGUGAAGACCGCAGAUCGAUCUUGCUGGCCAACAAGUCCACCUAUGACCAGGCCGGGAUCGAGCAGUCGCUUCGGGUGAGCUUCCAUGAUCUUCAUGAACGUGAGAAGCAGUCUGGAUGGCGAGAUGAUCGCAAGAAGCCCAUGAAGAAGCGAUACUAUGCCAAUGAGGUUCACGAUGGAGAGUCCCCGGUUGAGGACGACGUGAUGAUGGUCUACUACCACAACGACUCUGAGUAUGACGAGGAGGACCUGGCGGAAGAGGCCUACUACCAUGGUGAAGAUGAUGAUGCCGAAGCCUAUGAACUUGGAUCGGAUGCUGGAGCUUCGGGUGACGAUGACGUCUACCAGGCCUAUGUGACCAUGGAGAAGGGCCGACAAGCCUACAAAGAUGCCCGGAAGAAGCUUCGGGAUGUGCAGAAGAGCCGUGGCUUCUACCAGAAUGGCAAUUGGAGCAGCCGAGACCAGGCCAAGGAGAAGGAGAAGAGCAGGUCGCGUUGUGCGGCUUGUGGCCACAUUGGCCAUUGGGCAGGUGACAGCGUCUGUCCAAAGUCAUCUGCAGGAGUUGGUCCGAAGAAGGGCAAGGGCAGAGGCAAGAGUCAAUCGAAAGGCAAGAAGAAGUCCAAAGGUGGAGCCUAUGCUGCAGCACCGUGCCCCAUGCUGUUUUCCUUGGAGGAUCCGGAUGAUGGAUUUCAAGAUGAAGAAGGACACAGCUUCAUGGUGCACACUGGUCCCAGCGAUGACGCCAAUGCCAAUGACAUGCAGCAGGAUGAGGGCCACACCUUCACUGAUGACCGCCGCAAAGUCUCAGCUGGAUCCUACUCAGCUGACUGGGAGACCGUGACUGAGCCGCCCAUGCCUGGAUCUGACCGACCUGCUGGCUCACGUCGCUUUGUGGAGGAAACCCAGGAGGUGAUCAAGCCGACCAUGCUGGCCAAGAUCGAAGUGAGGGAAGUCAGCUCUUUCGCAGAGGUUCGCCCUAGCAACAUGGAGCAGAUGAAGGCCUAUCAGUUGCAAGGUCUCUGUGAGAAAUGGGGCAUCCAGACAGGUGGUGCCAAGAAGGAUUUGCUGAUGAGGCUGGAGGAUCUGUUUGCAGGUCGCGAAGUGCCGAAGAAGAAGUGCACGGUGCAGUUUGUCAAGUUGGUGGAGGAAGAGCCAUCGACUUAUGGAUCUAUGGCUGGAUCUGCACCGGCGACACCACUUCGUCCUGUGGGCAGAAUCGAUCGCCGUCAAUGGGCUCUUCGACUACGGCGCUUGGGGCGUCGGCAAAAGCAUCAGGGCUGCGCCCAAUUCUGGCGACGGAUCUGGAGAUUGGCAAGCCUUUGUAUGGCCUGCAGUGUUGUAACUGCGGUGCGCCUAUGGUUGCAAGACAGACUCGAGGAGAUGGCAGCCUUUUCUUCUCGUGUGCUCAAUGGCCGAACUCGGGAUGCAGCUUCACCAGACCGCUGCAAGAUGGGCUGGACAUCAUCAAUGGUAGAAUCCCUGAUGUCCGCCACCCGAGAAGCCCUGCUCGCAGCUUGGCGGGCAACUGAGAAGUCAAGAAAGCUGCUGGCAGUCAGCGCAUUUUGCGCCUACAUGACUGCAGAGGAGAAUUCAACAGAGCAUGAACCUUGCGAACUGUUGCAUGCCGACCAUGAUGGGUCGACCUUUGACAUGGUGGCGAAGACGCACCAUGAAUUAGAAGAUAGCAAUGGUGGAGGUGAAGGCCGAAUGGCUUUGGUCGACACAGCUUGCACGAGCUGUAUGCAUUCAAAGGCUUGGAGGAUUGCAUACUCCAAGACACUGCCUGAGGGGUACCAGUGCGAGAGAACCGAGCGCACCAAGCUCUUCCACUUUGCAGAUGGCUCCAACACUGGGAGCACCAUUCACCUGUGGAGAAUUCCAUUGUUCAUGGGUGAUCGUCCAGGUGAAGUUUUCUCAGCUGAGGUUGAAACGGGCACCACUCCUUUGCUUCUCUCCAUUCCUGCCUUGAUAGCCCUGGCAAUGGUUGAAGUCCCGGUGAGCGAGGACUAUGCGGCAGACUGCUCACCGCCUCAGUUUGGGGCAAGGGGCAUUCGAAAAGAUGACGUCACUGGUUUCCUUGGUGACCGCCGAAGUGCUGAGCUGGCCUAUGCCAUGAAGUCCAUGAGAUUGCAAGAUGAUAGAACAUGGGCAGCUUUGAGCAAGCACUACUCCUUGGCGGAGCAGGCGGCAACUAAGGGCUUUAGCACUACUGUUUUGUUUGAGCCUUUUGGAGGCCACUUUGGAGUGACGAGGACUGCCUCAAGGGAGUUCAGUUGGACGAACUCUCAACCAUUGGAUCUGCUGGAUGGCUAUGACCUUCUAUCACCUGCCGGUGAGGAGCUUCUUUUUCGAGUGCUGGACGAGCACGACCCUGUUUGUGUGCUCAUUGCGUUUGACUGCAGGCUCUGGUCUUUGCUCAACAAUCUAUGUCGUGGAGGUGACUGGGAACAUCUUCGCAAGACCAUUGGCCUGAAGACUCUGCGUUUGGUGAAACGCAUUUGUGAGCACCAAUGGAAAAGAGGCCGAUACUUUGUGGUGGAGAACCCCGCAACCAGCGUGGCUUGGAGAUACCACAGAAUCCUCACUCAGAUUUUGGAGAAGUUUGAUGGAAAGUAUGUGAUCUGCGAUCAAUGCAGGUAUGGUCAACGAGAUUCUGAAAGUGGAAAGCUGAUCCGCAAACCAACUGGCUGGCUUUCCAAUUCUGAGCCGAUUUUGAACCAUGUUGGGAAGAGAUGUCAAUGUCCUCCCGGAGAGCAUCAACAAGUUUUGGGUUCAAAUGCCAAGGGCUUGCGCAGUCGUCAGGCUGCAUGCUACCCACCAGCUCUAUGUCGAGCUAUUUGCAAAGGUCUGUUACAGACCAUGGAGCUGGACUAUGCCGGUCUUAGUGCUCAGGGUGAUUUGGCUUACGCCAACCUUUCAGAAUCCGAUGCCGAGGGAGAGAGCAUGGAGGUUGAAGAGCCCAUGGAUGGUGACUAUUGGAUCAUCGAAGGCAAUGAGGUCGUCCGAGUGCAUGUGAUCCCACGGAGGCAUUUGUUUGUCCCUUUGGCCACCACCGGGGUUCCUGUUCCGGUGAAAUCCCUGGCAGAAGCGAGGUCGACAGAGGCCCACUUUGUCAAUGGUGAUCCUCCUGAGUAUGUGAUGGAUGACUGGACGCAGGCCAGUGAGGCCCAUGCUGAACUUCCAAGUCUAUGGGUUGGCCGCGCCAGCUUCAUCUUUGCCUUGCCGACACAGCCUGAAGAGCAACCAGCUCAAGCAGAGAUCGAGGUGAUGGCAUCGCCUUCAAAGAGAGAGAACGUUUUGAGAAGGAGAAGGGCAAGAACCAGGCAGCUGCAGAGAGGUCUUUGGGUGAGAACCGAAGACAGUGAUGUUGCCGAGAUGAUGCAACACUGCCUGGACAAUUACCAAGAUCAACAAUGCAAAGGCUGGUCUGUCCUCAACGACCAGGAGGAGCUGUUUCGAGCUUGGAAAGCCCGAGAAGUUGGUCAAACCAAAGUUCGUUUGAUUUUAUACUCCACUGAUGCAAGGAGGAUGAGAAAGCCGCAGCCUUUCCUGUCUGCUGCGGAGGCACCAAUGAGAAAGACUGUCGUGACGAUGGCAAAUGGGGACAUUUUGUCCACCGGAUGGGAAGAUUGGCAGCAAGCAUCACCUUCAUCGCAGAUACGACCUUUGCCAAACAAACCAAGGUCUUUUGUCCUAACCAUGUUUGGCAGCCAGAUUGACGAUGAAGAGAUGGAGGUUCAAGAGCUUGCGGGAGAGCAGGAUCAAAUUGUAGCUCGUGAAACUGAAAUGGCAGCUCGUGAAGCCUUUGUCAAGACCGCCAACAAUGAAGCACUUCGUCGAGCUGAGCUUAGAAGAGUCCGACCUACCAGAGGGCCAUUCCAUGUGGGCUCCUAUGUCUUCUUCUACGACCAGCAAGGGACGCAAGGAAGUGCUUUGAACUGGCGCGGUGUUGCGCGAGUGGUGGGCCAUGAAGGUUCACGAAUUGUGUGGUUGUCGCACCGUGGCAUUCUGAUUGCAGCCUCCCCUGAACAUCUCAGUCAUGCCAAUGAGGAGGAGAUCCAAGGAUGGAUGGUGACGCAAAACGAGCGGGAGCUCAUAGAUGCCACACCUGCAGCUGGUGGAGCCGGUUUUCUUGACCUCAGACAGAGGCCUACACCACCAGCAGAAGGUUUUCCUGAAGAGCCACUGCCUGCACAGGAAGCUUUGGAAGCUCCAAAAGACGGCGCUGCAAACGCCUGCGCUGAUGCAGAAAUGUCAGAAGGCUAUGAGCCUACGGAGGCAGUGGAGUCAGCGGAUGAGAACAUUCCGAAGGAAGGUGGUUCAGUGAAGGCUGAGGAUCUGUCUGCAAGCUCAACAUCGAUGGCUCGUAUCCAAUUGGAAUCAGAGAGAGAGCAAAAGAGAGAAAUCCGUUCAGGCCUUUUCUUUGAGAAGAAGCAGAAGGAGAGAAAAGCUUUGAAGGAGCAACAGAAAGUGCAGCGCCUGAAGGAUUUGGAAAGAGAGGCUGUCACAACUCCCGUCUUUCCAGAGUUUGACCCUGACCUGGAUGAUUUCCGAUCUCCGGCAACAACUCGUCCUGCACCUAUUCCAGAAGAACCAGAGAUGGAUGAGGCAGUUGAGAGAGAAACUAAACGGAGGAGACAGGGUGGAACGGAAGAUGGAAGUGGCCAAGCUUCUUUAGCUUUUGCUUUCCAUGCCUAUGACUCUGACGAGUUCCUCUUGAGCCAGGCAAAGAAUGAGUACGGCCUGAAGGUCGAGUACUACCAAAAGCAUGGCUUGGAGAUGGAGGAAUUUUUGUUUGGUGUUGAAAGAAAUGAUUUCAAUAGCCAGUAUGGUGAACUUUGCAGCGAAGCACAAGCUCGAGCCUAUGCAGCUGCACCCACCGAUGCAGCGACUGGUCCAAAGAAACGUGGUAGGAAAGAGCUGAGAUUGAACGAAAUCACCGAAGAGCUGGCUGCACAGUUCACUGGUCCAGGUGGUUCUGAUGAGAAGGAAUGGACUGCUUGGAUGGAAAAAGGGGCUUGUGAUGUCCUAUCUGUAGCUGAAAGCGAUGAGAUCUUUCGAGCCAAAAGCCAGUGCAUCAUACCAACGAGAUGGGUCCGCACCAACAAAAAUGAUGGCUUGGAAGGGAAACCUUUUCUCCCGAAAAGCCGACUUGUGGUGCAAGGUUUCAAGGACAAGUCCCUGGGUUCUUUCAGAAGGGACGCACCUACGGCAUCGUCCUUGGCCGAAUCCUUGUGUUUGGUGCUGGCAGCUGUUUUUGGUUUCGUUUUGCUUUCCAAGGAUGUCAAGAACGCCUAUUUUUCUGGACAUGAAAUUGGCCGUGAGCUGUAUUUGCAACAGCCACGUGGUGGUCUCCCCGGCCUCAAGAAAGGCCAACUGCUGCGAGCCCGGAAGGCGAUUUAUGGCUUCUCCGAGGCAGCUCGUUUAUUCUGGCUAGCUCUCAGAGAGCACCUGCUGUCUGACAAUUGGGUUGAGUCUAGAUUGGAACCCGCUCUAUUUUAUUUGCGGGAUGCUGAAGGCCAACUGGCUGGUGUGUUGGUCACCCAUGUGGAUGACAUCGAAGCCGGAGUCCGAAAGGACAUGGUGGAGAAAGCUUUUGAGAACCCAAGCAAGGCUUUGGAGUUUGCUACCAGCAACCAAGGUAGUUUCAUUUUUCGAGGUCGAGAGAUUUCUCAAGCUCAAGGUGGGCAUGUGGAUGUCAGCAUGACCAACUAUGCCAAAGCCAUGAAACCAGUCAAGAUAGCUCGAGAAAGGCGACAGCAGCUGGAAAGUCGUUUGACCAUGGAGGAGAAGAAUCAAAUGAUGAGCGCAGCGGGUGAGUUGGUGACCUUUCCUAUGAAAAUGGAUGCAUCCAGAGAUGCAAAGGAGAUCCUUGUGGAUUUGGCAAGGGUCCGUCAAGCCAUUGCAGCUGCAAGGGGAGCUGCCACCUUUAGACAAAGGUAUUGGAAUGAUGUGAGCCUGGAGGAUGCAGUUUUGGUUCACAUGGCCGAUGCUGGUCACGCCAAUGGUGUUCCUGAAAGUGCCGACAUCAAGCGUUACCAGUCCAUUGGUGGUUAUUUCCUUUUUCUGGCCAACAAGGAGAUUUUGGAAGGAAAGCCUGCGAGAGCCAACCUUUUAGCAUUUCAUUCUUCACAGACCAAAAGAGUUUGCAGGUCCACACUAGCGGCAGAAGCUUCACAUCUUUCCGAAGCUGUGGAGGCCGGUGACUGGCUCGCAGUGCUGUUGGAUGAAGCACUACAUGGUCGUCAAGAUCUCAAGCAUUGGGAUCAACUUGUGGAGAAACGAAAACGGGUCUAUGUCACUGAUUCCCAGUCUGUUUUCGACUAUCUGCAUCGAGAUAGCACCUCUACCAGCAGCGACAAACGGAUGGCGAUUGAAGGAGCACUCUUACGAGAGACCGUUCGUCGUCCUGGUGCUGAAGUCAAAUGGAUCGAUGGGGAACAGAAUCUGGCAGAUAUCCUCACGAAGCCUCGUGUGGACAGGGCCCUGCUCAUGGAGUACAUGAGAACUGGAAUGCUGAGUUUGGUUCAAACAGAAGUCAACCGAAAGUCCAAGGAGAAGAAGAGAGCACAAAGAUCUGCUCGCAAGAAGGUGGUGAAGUCAGAUGAGAAGAAAUUGAAAGAGAAGGACGCUCGUAUUGAGCGAGUGGUUGCCGAGAUGCGGGAGCGUGCUGAGAUUGAGUCAGAAGCAGAA